UUUUGUUUUGGGUUCGCACGGUGCCUAUUUCUCACCGUUGGUGGCCGCCGCUUUACCGUGUCAGAGAGACAGCCUAGCUUCAGCUUCUAUUCUGUCUAUAGGUAAAUCAUCCUGCUCCCAGUUUGGUUCUGAAGUGUUUCUUUGUGAAAUUUCAUCUUUCGAUUUGAACGCGUCAUAUACUACGCUUUCUCAUUGGAAACCCACCGUGCUGUCGCCGGUUAGCUGGGCAUGAUCGCUCUAGCUAGCUUCUGCUCCUUUAGUGAAAAUAUAAGCUGUAAUUUGACGUGCCUUUAUCAGGGGUAUUCAUUCUGGGCGCCUAUCAUCUGAAGUCACCAUUUUUGCAGUAAUUAUCUAUUCCGCUAGAGGGAGAUGGUGAGGCUCACUGCAGACUUGAUCUGGAAAAGCCCUCAUUUCUUCAAUGCCAUUAAAGAGCGCGAGUUAGAUCUUCGAGGCAACAAGAUUGCUGUAAUUGAAAACUUAGGCGCCACAGAGGACCAAUUUGAUACCCUAGAUCUGUCUGACAAUGAGAUUGUCAAACUGGAAAACAUACCAUAUCUUAAUCGGUUGGGUACACUACUCAUAAAUAACAAUAGAAUUACGAGAAUUAAUCCCAACAUUGGAGAAUUUUUACCAAAUUUACACACGCUUGUUCUCACAAACAACAGAAUUGUAAACCUAGUAGAAAUAGAUCCUUUAGCAUCCCUUCCAAAGCUGCAGUUCCUUAGUCUGCUAGACAAUAAUAUUACAAAGAAAGCAAAUUACAGGCUUUAUGUCAUUAGCAAGCUGAAGUCCCUCCGUGUUUUGGAUUUCAAGAAAGUGAAAAAUAAGGAACGGUUGGAAGCCAAAAAUUUGUUUGCUUCAGAGGAAGUUAUAGAAAAAGUUCAAAAGACACCAGUGAAAACGAUUUCACCUGGUGAAACUCCUAAUGUUUCAGAAGCUACGGAGGACCAACAGACACCCAAAGUGGUUGCUCCCACACCAGAGCAAAUUAUUGCUAUUAAGGCUGCCAUCGUGAAUUCACAGACUCUUGAAGAGGUUGCUAGACUUGAAAAGGCACUGAAGUCUGGUCUACUCCCUGAAGAUUUAAAAAGCUUGAAUGGCAAUGUAACGUUGGAUAAUGUUAAUGAAAAAGGUGAAGAUGUGGUUCAUGAUGAAUCUAAUGAUACGCGAGAGCAGAGAAAUACUGAUUCUGCUGCAAUGGGACAGGAUUAAGUGUAGAUUUUGGCUGUCCCGGCACUGUGCACUCCACUUCAAUGUUGAUUUCUUGAGUCAAAAUCUUGGUAACUUUCCAUGAAAUGUACUGGUGGUUUCAAUUUCCCUCAUGGUGAUUGUCUGCUUUAGCGCUUAAUAUGUGUUGAAUUUGAUUGCCUUUACAUUUUAAUGUAUAUUUGGGGCAUUUUUGCCCCUAGCCAUGUGAAUUUCUGGUUGAAGACAAGUUUUGUUUUUGAUAGGCUGGUUGAAGACAAGUAAUUUUUUUUUAAUCUUUUGAGCA